AUGGCUUGCACGGCUGCUCUGACGCGCCGUCCGGUGGCCAACCUGCUUCUCUGCCCCGAAAUUCAGUCACAGACCAGCCGACGAUGGCAGUCGACCUACCGGCGGACCAAGAAACGGCUGCGGAUAAAGCCUGACGCCUCGUUCUCUCCCUCCAGCUCCUCAGCAGCACACAUCAUCCACAACCCGCCCUCUAGCGCACCCUCGGUAUAUCUCACACCCACCAAGUUCCUGCCCGCAGACGACGUACGGCGGACACUACGAAGAAACCUCGAGGACUCGACAGCAGCAAACAUCAGCAGCGAGGCCUUACCAUCCCUGCUGCAGGCGGAGAAGGAGCCGAAGAAGUACCUGACCAAGGAGGAGAUAGAGACGAUGCGGGAGCUGCGGAAGAGUGACCCCAUGCUCUGGAGCCGGAACAGGCUGGCGGAGAAGUUUGGGUGCAGCACGCUCUUCGUGGGCAUGGCCUGCGAGGCGGCCGGGGAGAAGAAGGCCAUCCAGAGACAGAUCCUGACGGCCGUACAGUCGCGAUGGGGCCUCAAGCGGACGAUGGCCCGCGAGGACAGACAGCUCCGCAAGGAGCUCUGGGGGAGGGACAAAUAA